AUUUUCUCAUUUAGUUCACCACUGAAAAACAGACACAUGUCAUAUUUGAAGUUCGCAAUUGGCAAAGUCAUCCAAACAAAAUCUGUGGCCCGUUGCAUUUCACUUCAGUCAGAGCAGAGCAACUUGCUUUCCGAUUUUCUUCGAGCCAUGGAAGCUACUGCUUCAAAUCCCUCCAUUGUCACCGCCUCAAGAACAAUUCAACGUUACCGGCGAUUAUCCACUCUCUCACUUCGAUUCCCUACUUACCGGACAAAACGUUUUUCUCCUUUCUCGCUCACAAUCACAAGAUGUUCCACCACAAAAAGUAGAGAAACGGGUCAAGAUUCAACCUUUGAAUCAUCGAUCUCUCUGAAGAGAGGGCUGGUUCUUGAUCUGGGAGUCUCUAAAGAUUCAUGGGACAGUGAGGAGAUUGGUUCUCCGGUUGUGAAGAGAUUUCUAAGCGAUAACGAAGAGAGAUGGUACCUGUGGUACCAUGGAAGCUCCAAGCAGAACCCUGUUUCUGAUUCUAUCGGAUUAGCGGUCUCAAACAAUGGGAUUCAUUGGGAAAGAGGAAAAGGGAAAGUUGAGUCAAGCGACGAUGUGGGUUUGGUUAUGGGCUGUGGUGAAGACUGGUGGGGAUUUGAUACUGCAAGUGUUCGACCCGGUGAAGUUGUGAUAAUGUCGAGUUCUAAAGUCAGAGCUGAUAGCUCUGUUUACUGGAUGUAUUACACUGGCUACACUACUGAGACGGUUGAGUUUCAAUCCCAAGGUUUCACUUUCGGGUUGGUAAAUCCGGAAAGGUUUCACCUUUGUGAUGAGAAUGUUGAGAAAUCUAGGGUUUAUAGGUCACUUGCUGGGCUAGCAAUUAGUCAAGAUGGUAGGCAUUGGGCUAGAAUUGAAGGUGAGCAUCAUAGUGGGGCAUUGUUUGAUGUUGGUUCUGAAAAAGAUUGGGACUUUCACUAUAUUGCAUCUCCACAUGUAGUUUUCCAUGGAGAUGGCGAUUUACGGAUGUAUUACCAUUCGUUCGAUGAUAAAACCGGUGAAUUCUGCAUUGGGAUGGCAAGGUCUAGAGAUGGGAUCAAUUGGUUAAAGUUGGGAAAGAUCUUAGGAGGAAGAAAAUCCGAAAAGGAUGAAUCGGGUUUCUUUGACGAGCUUGGAGGUAGAUAUCCUUGUGUGACAAGGAACAAGAGCGAUGAGAGUUAUGUGAUGGCUUAUGAAGGUGUAGAUAGAACCGGGAAGACGAGCAUUGGCUUGGCGGUUUCGAAAGACGGGAUUAAUGAUUGGAAACGGGUACAGGGAGAGGAAGCCGUGGUUGCGGUUGGUGAAGGCGGUGCGUGGGAUAAUGAAGGAGUUGGGUGUCCAUAUUUGAUUGAGAUGGAUGGAGACUCUGAUCAUCAAUGGAGAUUGUAUUAUAGAGGUGUUGGUAAUGGUGGAAGAACAGGAAUAGGCUUAGCUGUUUCUGAAGGCAAUUUGAUCACUAGUUUUACAAAACAAACAGGGAUUCACUUGUGAGACUGACAAAAUAAAUGUCUUUUGCUUUUGAGAUACACUUUGAUGUUAAAGAAAUUUGAUUAAGCGGU